GCAGGUGGCAAAGUGGAGCUGGACGCUGAUGCAGUCGAGAAAUUGAUGGUUAAUGUUGAGGAUUUCAACUAUGCUCUUGAAAACGACAUAAAACCGGCAUUCGGUCAUUCCGAUGAGGAACUAGAGAAGUAUCUUAUUGGUGGAUUCAUUUCAUGGAGCCCACAAAUCACUCAAAUUUUGGAACAGGGCGCUUUACUGGUGAAGCAAGUACGAAGUCCCGAUACGAGGGGCUUUGCUUCGGUUUUGUUAGCAGGGUCACCGAAUUCUGGUAAAACGUGUUUGGCGGCAAUGAUUGCGAAAACUUCCGAAUAUCCAUUUAUCAAGGUAAUCAGUGCCGAAGAUAUGGUCGGUUACACGGAAACAGCCAAAUGUGCAGUGCUACGGAAAGUGUUUGAUGAUGCAUAUCGUUCGCCGCUCAGUUGUAUUAUUGUUGACGGUGUUGAGAGAUUGUUA